AUGGCUUCCCAGCUUAUCAACCCUUCUACCGUCCACCCUCCGCGACCGACCUACUCCCAUAUCCAGACCAUCCAAAUAUCCCCGACUAGCACACUGGUCACCAUUGCUGGGCAAAUCGGGAUGGAACCAGAGACCAAAACUGUGCCGUCGACAUUCGCGGGGCAAGUUCAAGUGGCACUGGCCAAUCUCGGAAGAUGUCUGGCUGCUGUCGGAGCGACUCCAGCCAAUAUCAUCAAAACUACCCAUUUUGUCGUCAAUCUCGAUCCUCAAGACACAUCUCGUGCAGAAGCCUAUCUCAAAUUCAUCGGGGAUCAUCGUCCACCAAGUACGUUGCUCGGGGUUGCUGCGUUGGCGGAUCCCAAUUUGUUGUAUGAAGUCGAGGCCAUGGCUAUUGUACAUCAUUAA